AUGACAAAGGCUGUAAUGGUAAGGUGUUAUCUGCUCUGUUUACUAACUCUUGCACUCUGUUGUGCUUGUGGGUUAGUAUGGGCUGAUGGUCCUAAUGCUUCUGAGUCCAGUAAUUGUGUUACGAUUGUUGGUGUUCCUCCUUUUGUUAAGACUGUUUCUUGCGAAGAGGCCCGUAUUGCUAUUAAGGCUGCUGAACCCACUUUACGGCGUUCACCCAAACAAGCUAACAUGACACAUGGUGAUCCUGGUGUACAAGGAGGUAAACAUGUCACUACGAAUUCGCAUCAAGAGCAAGAAGUAUCCCAAAGUGAUCACGCAAAGGUAACAGUUGAUUCUGAAAAUAAAGUUAGAAAAGGAACUCAGGUUGUUCAACAAACCUUAGAGGCAGACGGCACCCCUUCAGGUACUCGGGGACACAAUAAUCAUGUUUCUUCCCCUGAGUCUGCAAAAGGACGGAUUACAAAACCAACUGAAGAGCAUCCCCCUCCAGCUUCUCCUGUUUCUGAUAGACAACAGUCAGGUGAGGCCCCAUCUGAAUCCACACAAGCAAAUGGAGAGAACCCAACAGUCUCAGCAUCUGCACCUAAUGGUGGCGACCAUAGGAGUACACAUGAGAACACAUCACCAAUGCAAGAACAAGAAGGAGAAGAAGGUGCAACCUCUCAGGAUUCACAAGCUACAACCAAC